UUUUUUUUUUUAAUUUAUUUUUUAUAGAAAACUCUUCGUAGGGCGUUGGGUGCACAUGUGCACAUGUGCACUUCUGCCCCAAUAUAUGCACUCCCCGGACACCUUACCUCCAGCAUGUCUUGGCUUCAACAAAUCCUCAUUACCAGCUGUGCCUCAUAGGCAGAACCUGCGCGGUGGCUGAAACAAUGCGAGCUUUAAGGUUCUCUGCUCUUCAUGAUCACCUGUAUAAAAUAGCUGCAGGUGGAUUUCUAUUCUUUUGAACGAUUCUCUGCUGGAUGAUGCUCCCAAUGCAAGCGCACCUUCUUCUUGUCUUCACUCUCACCGGUCGCCUGUGGCGUGUGAUGGGCAGUCCUCUUGUGAUGGACCCAAACAGCAUUUGCAGGAGGAGUAAGCCUGCAGGAGGUGCAUAUACUGAACUGUGCCAAACCCAGCCUGAAUUAAUCCGAGAAGUUGCCAAAGGUGCUCGGUUGGGCAUACGCGAAUGCCAACACCAGUUCCGCCAUCAGCGCUGGAACUGUACAGGUCAUGGCAAGAGUCUAGGCAAGAUCCUGCAACAAGAUAUUCGGGAGACGGCCUUCAUAAACGGCAUCACGGCUGCAGGAGUGCUGCAUGCGGUAACACGGGCCUGCAGCCAGGGGGAGCUGCUACAGUGUGGCUGUGUGGCUAUUGAGAGCUCUUCUGGUAGCCCCAUUGAGCAGGCUAUGCUGAAUCCAAACCCUGCUCUCCAGGACCAUCACUGGGAGUGGGGGGGUUGCGGAGAUGAUGUGGACUUUGGCUACAAGAUUUCCAGACAGUUCACGGACACCAGAAAGCAGAAGGGCAAGAGUGAUAUCAGGAGCCUAAUUGACCUGCACAACAAUGAGGCAGGCAGACUGGCUGUAAAGACCAAUAUGAGAACCGAAUGUAAAUGUCACGGCCUCUCUGGCUCCUGCACACUCCACAGCUGCUGGAGGAAGUUGCCUCUGUUCCGCCAGGUUGGAAAUCACCUCAUGCAGAGCUUCCGAACAGCAGUUCGUGUGAUGGGUGGCAACGACGGCAAAUCCCUCGUCCCCCUGGACCGGGAUGUUCCUCCCCUGAGUGCCCACAGUCUCAUCUAUUCAGAUGAAUCCCCAGAUUUCUGCGUGGCCAAUCGCAGGACGGGAUCUGAAGGGACACGCGGUCGGGAGUGUAAUGGUACAGAGACAGGGCCUGGAGCCUGUGAUUGGCUGUGCUGCAAUAAAGGACACGCAGAACACACUCUUGAAUAUGAGGAGAACUGCCAAUGCCAGUUUCAGUGGUGUUGUGUGGUACAAUGCGAGCAAUGUGCUGUGAGAAAAGCGGUCAGCGUCUGCCUUUAGACUUUACUGAGUGCAUUAAACUUUAGUUUCUCUGUCCCAUAGACUAAACUCAGGUGAUCAUUUGGACUUCUCCAGUAUGUUCUCUUCAAUCAAAUAUUUCUGAAAUUCCCCAAAUGCUGAUGAAUCAUAUCAGAAGGACAAACAUAGAUAUACUCACAAGAGACAUGGCCAUCCACUGAGCAUUCUUUGAGAGACAUGGCCAUCCACUGAGCAUUCUUCGAGUCCAAACAUUUUUUUUUCUGCCCGCAUGCCGUAUUUUGGGACACUUGUAUUAGGUUUCCUAAGGAAAUCCUAGAAUCUGCCUAAUUUAUGCAGGCCAAAAAAAAUUUCUUUCCAAAAACCUAUUGUAUGCAUUUUAUUUAAUCUCUGUCUUUUAUUCUGUAUUUGAAUUUUCUGUGCUUCAUGUUUGUAUUUUCUUAAAUAAGAUCUAGUUGUUAUUCAUUAUAUAAGGAUGAUUUAAGACUCAUUGUGUGUAGUC